UGGGAGAGCCGCGGCAUGGCGUUGCAUUGUUGAGUGGACAAUAGAUUUUGGGGGUUGUAAACUCUCCCAGGGCGCCGGUUUGAAAGCCCCAGAGCUCUUGGGGAGGGGGGCGGGCUGCGUACGUCUCACAGCUGGGGCCCCUUACUCCUCCCCCCUCAACUUUUUGGUCCAGACCCACUCCUCUCUCUCGCCUUCGGAGAGUCUGAAGGCAGCCUGAUCUAGAGUGGCCUCUCCCCGCCCUCUGACUCCAGACUCUAAUCUGAUUCAGAUCCCCUUUCCCCUUCUAAACACACUCAGGGAUUCCUGGGUCCUGCCCCAUCCCACUGUUGGUCUCUGACUUCAAGGAGAGGACAGACCAGCAGCCCCUCUCCCUAGCCCUCCUUGAAUGAGUCACCAGGCUCCUGGCUGUCAGAGGUUGGGGGGCACACAUUGUGUUUGGUGUUUAAGUGUUGUUGAUAGUUGCAGUUGAGUUGAUUUCCGACUCAUGGCAACCCCAUGUGCGCAGGGUAGAACUGCUCCAAAGAGUUUUCAAGUCUAUGACCUUUUGGAAGCAGAUCCCCAGACUUGUCUUCUGAGAUGCCUCUGUGUGGGUUCAAACCACCAACCUAGUAGCCAAGCACUUAAUCUGUCUUUAAAGUAUAGAUGUUUAUGUUUGAGGGUAGGUGUGUCUUGCACUGCCCCUCAGGACCCUGGGCCCCCUUCCUGGUCCUCUCUCUGGGGCCUUUUGCCCUGUCUGCCUGUCUAGAGUCAUCUGUCCUCUUGGGUAUUUUGACUUUCUGCUCCUGCCCCUGUCGUAUCCUUUGGGGAGGAUACCCAGAGAGGUGUGAGAGUGUGUUAGGAGGAGCCUCAUCCCCCAGGGGUUUCACAGAUGAGUCCCCUGGGCUGGCUGAGUCCUGGGUGCCAGGGGUGGGUGGCAGCAGCAGGAUGACAGCCCCAGAGACAGAGUAGGGAGCACUGAGCACUGCUUUGGGUGGAUGGAGAGCGGCCCCACUCCAGAUGGGCCUUUCAAUCCAGGUCGGGUCUUCCCUUUCUCUUUGGGAUGGGGGCUUCUGGGCUGGGUGGUGGCUACCGGACUAAGGGUGGCAACUGCAAGUCCUACCUGGACUGAAGGACUAGGGUAUAGGCCAAGAGUGGGGAGGAGGAGAUGAUGUCGGAACAGCCUCAGGCUCUGCAUCCUCCUCCUCCUCCCCAUCCUGUUCCCUUCUCUGUGCCUCCCCCAUCCCUCCCAGGCUACAGGUAGGUUGGGGGGUGGUGGUGGAGGCAGGGUUGUUUGUGUUUCUCCUAAGCCAGGAAGUUUGCACAUGAGUCAAGGUUGAAUGGAGAGCCCCAGGCACUGCUGUCCCUGCCCCACCCUGUCUCACCUGUUCCCCAAAUCCCCUCCUGCCCUCACUUUAGGGUCAGGUGCUGCCCCAUUCCUGGUGUCAAUCCAGGGUACCCCAGGCAGCCUUGUAGAACUGGCCUGGCCCAGUGUCCGGAGAGCAAGCAGGGAGUUGGGAUCAGGUUCCCCCUCUUGCGCCCGCCCCCCGCCCCGCCUACCUCAGCCCAGCCAAGGGGGCCUGCUUGGUUCCUGCGGAGCAGGAGCCUCUAACCCAGUGGGCAUCUUUGCCCACCUGUUCUAUUCUGACUCAUCCUGGGGGCCUGUGCAGCACCUAUGGGUGAUAAGACAUGGGCUCUGGCCCUGCCUGGGGGUGUCAGGGUGCCCUCAGACCAGUGGGUGGAUAAGACAGGUGCACAGUAAUAGAUGCAGAGGCUGAAGCAUAACGCUGAAAGACAGCCAUUUAGUCUGAAUGUGGAAAAUCCAGGAAGGCUACUCAGAGGAGGUGGCCCUGGCACUGGGGCUUGAAGAAAGGAGGAGGUGCCCUAGAGGGCACACCAGAUUUGGGGGCUGCUGGGGCAAAGGCCCUGAGGCUCACCCUCCUGCCCUCCCUCCUGCCCUCCUGGCUCCUGUUCUGCCCUUCCCCACCCCCAUCUCCCCUUCUGUGGAUCACUCAUCACUUGGGCAGGCCUUGCCACAACAGGUUCUGACAACCAGGUCUGGCAACAGAAGCACUGGAAACACCUGGGGCAGAGCCCAGCUGAGUGAGUGGCCUACGUCUGGAGGCCAAGCAAUGGCCCUUUGCGCUGACAGCGAGAGCCUGAGCCCCAGAGUCUGUGGGGUCUGGAGUCUGCGUUGCUGCUGUCAGGCUUGUGGUGGUGCCCUCUUAGCUCUUCCCUUGGGCAACUUGGGGCUAAAGGAAGAGCACUGGACUUGAAGUCCAAACACCAGUUUUCAUGGCCUGACUCCUCUGUGAUCAUGUGUGCAAAAUGCUUCCUUUUCAGGGACUCAGUGACCCCUUUUGUAAAGUGGGGCUCAUUCCAUCCUUUCCCAAAUGCUCCUGGCAAUAUCCACGGAGAGGAGGAGCAAUAAGGGGCUGUGUAAACUCUGAGGGAAGCUUAACAGUUGUGCAAGGACAGGAGGUCUGGUCCUCUUGGCCACUCUCCCCAGGACAAGGGCACCGAGCACUGCAUUCAGCCACCUCUUCUCCCUCAGAUGUCAUGGAGCUGGAUCUGUCUCCACCACAUCUCAGCAGCUCCCCAGAAGACUUGUGCGCAAUCCCUGGGACCCCUCCCGGGACUCCCCCACCCCCCAGUGCCCCUCUUUCUGGGGAGGUGAAGAGGUCCCAGCCCCUGUCUAUCCCAGCCAGCAGGAAAUUCCGAGAGGAGGAGCUGCAGACAACCUCUCUGCCCUCUAUCCCCAACCCUUUCCCCGAGCUCUGCAGUCCUUCUUCACAAAGCCCCAUUCUUGGGGGCACCUCCAGUGCAAGGGGAUUGCUCCCCCGAGAUGCCAGCCGCCCCCACGUGGUAAAGGUGUACAGUGAAGAUGAGGCCUGCAGGUCUGUGGAGGUGGCGGCGGGGGCCACGGCUCGCCACGUGUGUGAAAUGCUGGUGCAGCGAGCUCACGCCCUCAGUGAUGAGAACUGGGGGCUGGUAGAGUGCCACCCCCAUCUAGCACUGGAGCGGGGCUUGGAGGACCAUGAGUCUGUGGUGGAGGUGCAGGCUGCCUGGCCCGUUGGCGGAGACAGCCGCUUCGUCUUCCGGAAAAACUUCGCUAAAUACGAACUCUUCAAGAACUCCCCACACUCCCUGUUCCCAGAAAAGAUGGUCUCCAGCUGUCUCGAUGCAAACACGGGCAUAUCCCAUGAAGACCUCAUCCAGAACUUCCUGAACUCGGGCAGCUUCCCUGAGAUCCAGGGCUUCCUGCAACUGCGGGGGUCUGGACGAAAACUUUGGAAACGCUUCUUCUGCUUCCUGCGGCGCUCUGGCCUCUAUUACUCCACGAAGGGUACCUCCAAGGAUCCAAGGCACCUGCAGUACGUGGCAGAUGUGAAUGAGUCCAACGUGUACGUGGUGACCCAGGGCCGCAAGCUCUAUGGGAUGCCCACCGACUUUGGCUUCUGUGUCAAGCCCAACAAGCUUCGAAAUGGCCACAAGGGGCUCCGUAUCUUCUGCAGUGAGGAUGAGCAGAGCCGUACCUGCUGGCUGGCUGCCUUUCGCCUCUUCAAGUAUGGAAUGCAGCUGUAUAAAAAUUAUCAGCAGGCACAGUCUCGCCACCUGCGCCCAUCCUGUUUGGGUUCCCCACCCUUGAGGAGUGUCUCGGAUAACACCCUGGUGGCCAUGGACUUCUCCGGCCAUGCCGGGCGUGUCAUCGAGAACCCCCGGGAAGCUCUGAGUGCAGCCCUGGAGGAGGCCCAGGCCUGGAGGAAGAAGACUAACCACCGCCUCAGUCUGCCCACCCCAAGCUCAGGCUCGAGCCUCAGUGCAGCCAUCCACCGCACCCAACCCUGGUUCCAUGGACGCAUUUCCCGUGAGGAGAGCCAACGGCUCAUCAGGCAGCAGGGCCUGGUGGACGGCUUAUUCCUGGUCCGGGAGAGUCAGCGGAACCCACAGGGCUUUGUUCUCUCUUUGUGCCACCUGCAGAAAGUCAAGCAUUAUCUCAUCCUGCCAAGUGAGGAGGAGGGCCGUCUUUACUUCAGCAUGGAUGAUGGCCAGACCCGCUUCACUGACCUGCUGCAGCUCGUAGAGUUCCACCAGCUGAACCGUGGCAUCCUGCCGUGCUUGCUGCGCCACUGCUGUAUCCGUGUGGCCCUCUGAACACCAUGCCAACAGGCGUGCAUCUCAGCCCAGCUUCAGGCUGCUUACCAUCCCAUCCACUUAUAAAGUGGGCUCAGAGGGGUCAAAAGGUGAGGACAGGAUCAUGAAUAAUUGGAGCAUCCCCCACUCCAGUUUUCUCCUCUGUUCCUUCCCGUCCCUUAGGCAGAAAGUACCUCCUACCCAGUCCACCCUUAACCUCUCUCCUUAAGGAAAGGUGAUUGGGGUGGCCCUCUCCCCUUCAUGGAGAUCCUGGGGCAAUGCUCUGAGACCGGGCAUUAUGGGAGAAAUGGGGCAGCCCAGGUGGUCCUAUGCCCUACACUUUGUACAGACUGGGAGGCCAGUCGAUCUGCUCUGUUUUAUACUAAUGACAAUAAAGAUUAUUUUUUGAUAUACCUAAGAGUUCCGUCUGGCAAAAACUGACUAGCUGGAAUAGAGAAGAGGGUCAGGAGAGGUGGACACAAGUUGAGGCCUUGGUGAAUGUGUGAGAUGGAUCAAGACCAUGUUCUGGCCAACUUGGAUGUUUUUUGAGGGCAAGGGUGGUCUUAGUUACCAGAGAGUUUUCAGCACCCAGUAUGGAGCCUAGUAUAUAGUGGGCAUCCAAUAAUUUCUUGUUAAAUAAAUUAAUGGACAAAGGACUAUCAUGCAGGUGAGAUUUCCUUGUGUAAAGCCAGAGAAGUAACUGACAGAGCCUGGAGUUGGAGAUGAGUUAGACAACACCCUUGUCUUCAGCAAGUCCUGGACUAACUGGUGGAGUAAUAAGUCCUUAUAUUAGUAUAGCAUUUCACCCAUCAUAUCCUGUUCACAUUCAUUUUCUUAUUAAAAAAGGAAAUAAAACUAGGAACCAAGAUUUUCAGUGUGAGAGAAUGACCACCCAAUAGCAAUGAACUCCCCUAGUGCCCAGACUGUGAUCUCUAAAUACCGUUCCCCACUGUAAGGAACUAAGAUUGUGGAUUAAUGGCUGAUUCCAGGUCUGGGCAAGAAAUGUACAAUGAUCCUGGAACAUCCUGUUAUACUAGAAAGCAAGGAAACUAUCAAAGACUACUAGGGUCAUGCCAAAAAGAGUCAGGAGACAAGUUGAAUGACUCUGACUGAUUAAAGAUGGGACAACUAAAAAUGAGACAAUGUAAACAAAUAAAAAUAAUAACUCCAGUGGAUUAAAGCACCACACACAUGAAAAUCCAUGAGUUCAUUCAUUAUAACACACAGAAAAACUCAUUGGUCACUUUUGGAAAAUGCUAGGGAACCAACUUAUCUAAAAAUUGCUAAAUAAAGAGAAAAAUCAAGCAUUUUUCCUGCCUUGUCUUAACUUCUUCUUAGUAACCAAAUUAUUUCUGAGGGAAGGUUUUUCAUUAUAGAAGAAUUCCAGCUAACAAAUGCCGUAAAAAUGAUAAAAUUAGAAUAUCAUUUUGUAACCACUAAUGAAAUGAUGGCUCUUCAAUGGCUGCUAAAACCAUUAGGUAAAAUGCUAACGGGGAAUUUUUUUUUUUUAACAGUUUUAUUGAGAUAUAAUUCACAUACCAUACAAUUCAUCCACUUAAAGUCUACUAAAUUGUUUUUAGUAUAUUCACUGAUUGUGGAACAAUCACCACAAUCUAACUUCAGAACAUUUUUGUCCUUAAUAAAGAAACCCUGUACCCGUUAGGAGCCCUGCUGGUGCAGUGGUUAAGUGCUUGGCUGCUAAUUGAAAGGUCCAUGGUUUAAGCCCAUCAGCUGCUCUGCAGGUGAAAGAUGUGGCAGCCUGCUCUGGUAAAGACUACAGCCUUGGGAACCCUAUGGGGCAGUUAUGCUCUGUCCUAUAGGGUCUCUAUGAGUCAGAAUAUAGGACAGAGUAGAGCUCAUUAUAGAGGCGAGGAUGGCGAGACUUCAUCUCACAUACUUUGGACAUGUUAUCAGGAGGGACCAGUCCUUGGAGAAGGACAUCAUGCUUGGUAAAGGGUCAGCAAAAAACAGGAAGACCCUCUAUAAGAUGGAUUGACACAGUGGCUGCAACAAUGGGCUCAAGCAUAAAAAUGAUUGUGAGGAUGGUGCAGGACCAGGCAGUGUUUUGUUCUGUUGUACAUAGGGUCACUAUGAGUCAGGACUGAAUCGACAGCACCUAACAACAACAGCAACAACAUGAGUGAAUCAAGUCAACGGCAAGCAGUCAAUCACCAAACAUGAGGAAACAUGCUGAAACAUAUAUUGUACAUCUUCUCAUGUGCUUAUUAGCCAUUUGUACAUCUUUGGAGAAAUGUUUAUUCAGGUCAUUGAUCCAUUUUUUAAAAUUGGUUAUUUUUACUAUUGACUUGUAAGAGUUUUUAUAUAUUCUAGAUAUAAGUCCUUUAUCAGAUAU